UACUGAGUUAAUUUGUUUUGAAAAGAGAGUUAUGUGUGUUUUCUUCCUAAUUUAUUUAUAAACAUAUAAAUCAAAACGUAUAUGCAAUUGUUUAUGUCAUAUGUUAUGUUACAUAAUAUUGAUAUUUAAAGAAAUAUGGUGUGAGUUACAUUUGAUAUUUAACGUAAACAUAACCUCUGAUAAGAAUGGCAUUAAAGUUUGAUGCAGCAGCGUACAGUUUUAGAAAAACAUGCCCGUACGUAACCAAAGAUUUACUGCGUUGGUUUCCUGGGCACAUGAAUAAAGGUUUAAAACAGAUACAGAGGAAAUUAAAAUCCGUCGAUUGUGUCAUCGAAGUUCAUGACGCCAGAAUUCCAUUUUCUGGGAGAAAUCCCAUUUUUACUAGUACAAUAACAGGUGCAAAACCACAUAUAUUAGUUUUAAAUAAGAAAGACUUAGCCAUUAAAUCAUUAGUACCAAGAAUCAAGGAUCAGUUAACGGCAGAAGAUGGUGUAAAAAAUGUGGUGUUUACAAAUAGUAAAGAUCAGUUAUGCAGAGGACUUAAAAUACUCAAACCGCUACUGAUAGACCUAAUAAAGGAUUCCAACAGAUAUAAUCGUAGUGAAGAACAAGAUUAUAAUGUAUUGAUAAUUGGUGUACCUAAUGUGGGUAAAUCUUCUUUAAUAAACAUGCUAAGAAGUAAAAAUACUCACCAGAAACAUGCUUUACAAGUUGGUGCGGUAGCUGGAGUUACAAAGAGUAUGCAUACCAAGAUAAGGAUAAAUAGCAAUCCUCAUAUUUUCAUGUUUGAUACACCAGGUAUUUUAGAGCCAUCCGUAACCAAUGUUGAGAUGGGUUUAAAGCUAGCACUUUGUGCAUCUUUACAAGACCAUUUAGUUGGUGAAGAGAUAAUAGCGGACUAUUUGCUGUACUGGCUCAAUGCUCAUGAGAACUUUAAAUAUGUAGACUAUAUGGGAUUGGAGGAGCCAACUGAUGAUAUCAAUAGGGUACUGAUUGCUGGCAGUGCGAAAUUCAACCGGAUAAGACGUGUCCGGGAUUAUGACGGCCGAAUGAGGGAUGUUCCAGAUUUAAUAGAAACAGCACGCACAAUGAUCCGGGGAUUCAGAACCGGGGAAUUAGGGAAGACCUUGCUUGAUAUACAUCUAUUAAAGGAGAAAGGUAAAGAAAGCUUACAAAGCCAUCCACAGACACAUGAGCAUGCGAACUAAGUCUGGCAUUAGUUCAAAUCAACGUUGAUGUCAUAUCUAAUUAAUUAAAUGAGAAAAAUUUGAUGAAAAUAGACUACUAUAACAAAUUUAGCGCUGCCUAGUGCGACAAAUUAAUCAUUGUAAAUGUAAUCUGAACAUUUUAAUUUGAUUAUAACAAUGCACUCUCUGGAAUCUAAUGAAGUUAUUU